AUGGUUGAGGACCGGGUUCUGGGGAAGCUGUUUUCCCCCAGUUACGACACAGGAAACAUCAACGCGUCGGCUGAAGGCGUGAACAUCAACACGGUUCUGAAUCUGAUCAGGGACGAUGAAGGACGACUGAAGAUCAAUAACAUGACCUGUGACGCCAAAAUCGCAAAGAUGAAGGCUAAGUUCAGCGGGACGCUCGGGAAGGUUUACGAUUUCCUGGCGAGUUUUCUGACAUCAGGCAUGAGAUUUAUCCUCAACCAACAGAUUUGUCCCGCCCUGAACCAUGCUGCCCUGGUCCAUGUGAACUCUCUGUUGGAGACGAUCCCUGUGAGGACGGAGGUGGACGACUACAUCGGGAUCGAUUAUUCCCUGAUUGACGAUCCGGUGGUGACGUCCCAGAGCCUCGACAUGCACUUCAGGGGGAUGUUCUUCGACCUGUCGGAUCCAAACAACACGCUGGAGAACCACGCCGUGGAGCCGGUCAUCAAAGAGUACGACAGGAUGGUUUAUCUGGCGCUGUCCGAGUUCUUCUUCGACAGCGGGAUGUUCUCGUACUACAAAGCAGGAGUCUUCCAAACGCACAUCGUCAACGAAAAGAUGUCCAAAGACAUGGAGAUGCUGUUGAGAACCACCUACUUUGGAGCCAUCAUGAUGCUGAACCCGGCUCUGGCGGACGCUCCGUUCUCUCUGCAGAUCGCCGUCAACUCGCCUCCGAAGACCACCAUCAAGACGACCGGGGCAACGGUCGUCAUGACAGCCAUCGUCAAGGUCCUGUUGCUGCCUCCAGGGCAGGCUCCGGUCCAGCUCAGCAGCAUGACCAUGGAAACAAAGUUCAAUGCUAAAGUUUCUAUGAAGGGAAAACGUCUGGCUAUUCACGCUGACCUCCGCAGGUUUAAAAUCUUCUCCAACCAAUCAGCACUGGAGUCUCUGGCAUUGAUCCCUCUGCAGGCUCCUCUGAAGACGAUGCUGCAGAUGUCUGUGGUCCCUUUAAUCAACAACUGGACAAAGAGAGGCGUUCGGAUCCCUCUGGCUGAUGGGAUGGAUUUCAUUGAGGAAGUCGUUGAAUACCACAACGGCUUCAUCGUGAUCGGAGCCAAUCUGCACUUCAGCAAAGGACUGAGAGAAAUGAUGGACGGCAACAACCAGGAAGAAGCAGACACCAUGUAAACGUGUAUGAUGAUAAACAUAUGUAUGUAUGUACAAAAAAUAAAACCGCUUUGAACGGACCUCUGAUUCUUCACGUUA